AUGCUAAGAGGCAUCGCUCGUUUAUCGCGGCCCCUCAAAUUUGUCUCGCAGACUCCUGGUAUACCGCAGCCCUUCCGAGCUUCCACGCAAGCAUUCAGGCAGCUCUCUUCCUCAAACCGACGCGAUGCCUACGUCCGUUUCUCCACCCCCGACCAGCCGCAGAGGCCCAACAAUCCAAGGGAACCUAGGAAGUGGUACUCGGGGCUGAAUGUCGUACUCCUUCUGGGAGGAUGCUGGACAGUAUACUACGUUUCUCACCUCGAGCAGGUUCCCGAUACCGGCCGGUGGCGAUUCAUGAUCCUUUCUACUAACACAGAAGCUACAAUUGGUGAUAUGAUCCGCUCAGGCCUCCUCGCAGAGCUCAAACCCGCGACCCUCCCGGCCAAUCACCCACUCUCAAGACACGUCAGGCGCGUCGUUUCGCGCAUUCUGCACGCUUCCAACCUUGGGAGGAUCAAGGGCGAGGGGCAGUCCAUCCCCACCCUCUCGCCGUUCGGCCUCGCGCAAGACGGGGAGCACUCGUGGAAUCCCGACGCGAGCUUUGGGGCACCGGCAAGCGCGGGGAAUGUGUACGGACCGCAGAAAGAGUGGGAGGUUGUCGUGGUGAAUGAUAGGAAGAUGGUGAACGCGAUGGCAGCGCCUGGACUUGUUGUGGUGUUCACCGGGAUCCUACCCAUAUGCCAGGACGAAGAGGGGCUAGCUGCUGUCCUCGCUCAUGAAAUUGGUCAUGUCGUCGCACGUCACACAGCCGAACGUAUAUCCUCGCAGUUAGUCUACAUGUCCCUCACUUUUUUGCUCCAGGCUCUCGGCCUGGACAUGGGCCUAUCCGACAUCUUCUCAAAGUAUGCGUUUGACCUCCCCAACUCGCGGAAGCAGGAGACCGAAGCCGACUUGAUUGGCCUCCGCCUCAUGAGUCGAGCGUGCUACGACCCCGCUGCAUCUCCGGCGAUGUUCGAGCGUCUUGGACGAAUUGAGUCCAAGAUCGCCCAACAUCUCAAGUAUGACUUCUUCCGUACGCAUCCAACGUCAGAGAGCCGUAUCAAGUACCUCGAAGAGCACCUGCAGGAGGGCUACUCGAUUCUCGCUGCGAACCCGAAUUGUACGAACGUCCGACGACAGUUGGAGUCGUUCAGGGAGACAGCAAGGGAGCUGCGGGUGGACGAUGAUGGAGUCCAUUUCUUGUGA